CCUCACUUUCGUCCUCAUCGGCCAUCAAAAUAUCUUAAAAUGGGCUAGUCAAUGCAUCAAAGCACAAAUGCGCAGCCGCGGCACAAUUUCACGGGUGUGUUAAAAGGGCAGUUUUGACGGCAGGUCAAUUAAAAUUUAAACCAAACACAAUUCAUAUUACUCCUUUGAUUACGUUCAGCUCUUUUUUCGGUUUUUCGUAUUAUCUUUUUUUCUUGAAUUCGCAUUUUACUUCUUUUUUUACCAGCAGUGAUUAUAUUUUUAAAGCCCACCGACCAUGCCCUCUCUUUACUCCCCUGCGCAGGUGCUCCCACUACUCAUCAUUGAAAGUAUUGCUUCUUACAUGCCCGUGCUCCCGAACGUCAUGCUGCCGAUGAUGAAUGGCCUCCGGUCGAAAGUCAAGCAGCCUCCCUUGCUGCCGCUCAUGGGCACAUGCAGGCAGUGGCGGUCCAUUGUUUGCCCUCUGUUCUACUGCUCGGCACUUUUGGAAUUCGAUGGAAAUAAGGAAUUUCAUAAAAAGAAUACAUCGGUCAUCCGUUUGAGCGACGUGAUAGCGACCGGCAACCACAAGCAUAUCAGGCAACUGCAAAUAUCAAUCAACACAUUGGGCUUUGCUGACACCGAAAAGGCCAUCAAGGACAUAAAAGCUGCGUUAGACCAAGGCGGGCCAUUGCAUACAAUACACGAGGUCACCCUAUUGGUUGACUGCCGCAGUACAUCUUACCAUCCGUACACUUUCCAAGAAAGCGAGGACACUGAAUUUGACACAGAGCUUGUUGAUGCCACGCUGGCUCAGUACGCACAGCUCUUUGACAAGCUUUUGCCCAACAGACGCAUAAUGACCAUGCACAGGGCCAGACCGCUGUGUUACUUGAGCGAGACAAGCAAGGCAGUAUAUGCGCAGGUCAACUUGUUUAUACAUAACCUUUUGGGCACCGCACUGGGCCAUCUUUCUCUGCACCAAUUCAGCGUGACCAAGCCGAUAGUCAAGCAGCUGGAGGCCUCAGCGCUGCGCCGCAUUUCAAUUGCACACCACAAGGGCUCGCAGCAGCACCUGGAGCUUAUUCGCCGCAAUUACAAGUGUCUAGAGUUCCUGCGUAUUGACCAUGCCACGUCACACGCAAUUGAAAAGCUGACGUGGCUCGAAAAAAAGGCAGGCACCCUGGUCUAUCCGCAGCUGAAAAAGCUGUAUAUCUCAUCAUGCUCAGGCCGGCGCAACAUUGCGCACUCCCAUCAUAACCAAGAUCCGUUCCCAGCACUCGAGGUCCUCGUUUGCCGCGGCCAUUUUCCCUUUUCCUCGCCUCUCAUUCUACAGCAGGGCCGAUCGCAUAUCCGCGUGCUCAAAAUCGACAUGGACCAUGAGCUGAUGAGCAUUCUCGACGAGCACAAAGUGCUGGCCCCUGGGUCGUUCAAAGUGCUAGACGUGGUUAUACUCGGGUGGUCGGUUCGCAACAACGCACCGGUGUCCGACCAUGCGAAUGCGCUGUUCCUCAAAGCGCUCAGCAUUGCCACUAGCCCGCAACAGGUGCUCAUUCACAACCUGCAUAUUUAUGAUGUUGAGGCAUCCCUGCUGUCAAAGGUCAAUUUUACUAACCCACUUCAAGUGCUCGAUCUUGAGGGAACCACUUUGACGAUGGCCCAGGCGAUCAAGCUGCUCUGCGGAUUUAAGCGCCUGGACAGGGCCAAUUUGUGCAUCAAGGACGAUAAUGUGCAACACACGACCCGCAUGCCGAUGGCUAAUGAAAUUCAGGAGUACCAGGCACAGUUUAAAGGCUACUCGUCAAGUGUGCGUCUGCUGGGCAUAGAUAGGGCAUACUAUACAAACUCGCGGCGAAAAGCUGAGUACAUUGUGCUAAUGACCAGUAUUCUCACAAGCGUACAGAUAGUACACAUUGGAAGCGUUAAUAUCUCGCGCGCGGGUAGCAUUCUUGGAAGAAUUAACCUUGUGCUGAAAAGAAGCAUGUACAAGGACUGCGACCAGGUCAAAAGUGUCAAGUAUUCAAUUGGAAGCUUCUAGUUUAGUUGACAAUAUUUGUUUUGGAAUAAAUUCAAUUUAUUAUCUUGGA